AUAAGCAAAUAUCUAUAUAUGUAUGCACAUGUAUAUCGACAUACUUAAGAUUUCUGCACUAUUUUUUGAAGAGAGUGGAAAGCUACCAUCUUACAAUUUGUUUUUAACAUGUAUCCGAUUUUUAAUUCUAAAUCAAUAACCGUUUUUCCUUCUACUACUAUCAAAGGAUGUUAUUUAAAAAAAAGAAUCCCUGAUAUUGAUGCACUAUCUGGUUGUUUAACACUGAUCUAUAAAAACACAAUAGUUUCUAAACCAGUUAUUAAAAUCCAUAGACCAAUAUUAGUUUAUCACUCUGAAGUGAGUAAUUUUCAAAUACGAUUUAUUCACAUUGAAACAAAGAAGUUUGGAUCAGAAGCAUCUUCCAAAGUUGAAGAAACUGUAAAGAAUAUUAAAGAAGAAAACAAUGAACAGAAAUCUUCUAAGUUACUAAAUAUUAUCCAUGCAAAAAAAAAAAAAAAUGAUAAGGUAUCUCUAUUGCAACGUGUCAAGAAUGAAAUACUUCAUUACUACCAUGGCUUUAGAUUAUUAGGCUUAGAUAUGAAAGUAGCUGCAAAAUUAUGUUGGCGAAUGUUGCAAGGACAUGAGCUGAAUAGAAGAGAGCACAGAUUAUUGGUGAAAACAACAGGGGAUACUUUUCGACUGAUACCAUUCUCUGUUUUUAUCAUCGUUCCGUUCAUGGAGUUUUUGUUGCCAAUAGCAAUUAAAAUUUUUCCAGGACUAUUGCCAUCUACUUUUCAAACUGCUACAGAAAAAGAAGAUAAAUUAAAAAGAGCGUUAAAAGUUAAAGUUGAAAUGGCCAAAUUUCUCCAAAAAACCUUAGAUGAAAUGGCACUUCAAUCGACAGAGCAUGGUUCGAAAAAAGCUAAAGAAUUUGUAGAGUUUUUUUACAAAAUAAGAUCAACUGGUUCGAUUGCAACCAAUGAAGAAAUAAUGAAAUUCAGCAAAUUAUUUGAAGAUGAAAUCACUCUAGAUUCUCUUUCAAGACAACAAUUAAUAGCAUUGUGUAGGGUUUUAGAUGUUCAAACCUUAGGCACAACUAAUUUUUUGCGAUUCCUAUUACGAAUGAAGUUGAGAAGUUUAGCUGCGGAUGAUCGGAUGAUUGAGAAAGAAGGAAUCAACUCGCUCACGAGAACGGAAUUACAGCAAGCCUGCAGAGCUAGAGGUAUGCGAGCUUAUGGUAUGUCAGAACAGAAAUUAAAAGAGCAACUUAUGCAGUGGUUAGAUUUGAGUUUGAAUAAAAAAGUACCACCAACCUUACUUCUUCUUUCAAGAGCCUUAAUGGUACCAGAUACUGUUCCCAUGACUGACAAAUUGAAAGCAACGAUUUCAGCUCUUCCGGACACUGUUAUAACCCGCACAAAAGGUGCUAUUGUAGAAAAAGAAGGUAAAGUAGAUUAUAAAACUAACAUUGAAAUUAUUAAAAUGGAAGAAAAAAAAAUCGAAGAAGAACGAGAAGAAGAAAAAACAUUAAAAAUUAGUGACAAGCACGUACAGGCAUCAAAUAUUUACUCGCCGUUCUUAAAAAAGAAUGAAAUUACGACCAAUGACGUUAAAGUUCUGGAACAGGCAUUAGAAACUCUCAGCACAGGACGUAAAGAAAUGCCUGUUGUAGAAGAAGAACUAAAGGAAUUAAAAGAAGAAAUGGCCGAAUAUCAAGAGGAUGUUAAAGAACUCAAUCAAUUGAAAAAAGAAGCCAAAGGGUUACCAAGCAUAGAUAAUAUCAAAAUUACAAAGGGAGCAAAGCAUUUAUUCAUUCAAGUGAAUCGGAUAAUAAGUAAACUAGACAAUGUUGUAUCUGAUUUAAAAGAAUCAGAAAAACAAAUAAAAAUAACAAUGGAUGGGAAGCUGGAAAAUGAAAAAUUGUCUAGUGCUGCAGAACUAUUCAAAGUAGAUGAACUUAUUGCAGCCAUCAAGAAAAUACAAAGCGUACCUGAUGAACAUCGCUUAGCUCGUAUUACUGAAAUUUUGGGAAAAAUAGAUGAAGAUCAAGAUGGUGCUAUCAAAAUUAGUGAUAUACUCAAGGUAAUAGAGUUGAUUGGUAAAGAAGAUAUCAAAUUAAGUGGUAAACAAUUAGAAGAGUUGAUGGAACUCAUGGUAAAAGAAGAAAUUUUGGAAGUUGAAGACCAAAUACAAAAAACACUUGAAAAAGAAAAAAAUGAGAACAAGGAAGAUAAUAAUCCAGAUGAUAUGCAAAAUUUGUUCUUGUCUGAUGAUACGUCUUCAUUGCGAUCAAGUAUUGAAAAAGACAACUUUGAAACUCAGCAGUUAAAUCAAAGUCAAAAGUUGAAAAAAGAUGUGGGUUCUAAUUUACAACCAUUGUCAAAAAAUACAAAAUAAGAAAAUAGAAACAAAUUAAAAUAUAUAUAUCACAUAUAUAUUUUAUAUAAAUGUCUGUUUGUGUGUAUAUUAACUUGAUAUAAAGUAAAAGACUUUGUUGUUAAGUAUUUUCAUAUUUUAAUGGGAAAAUCAUAUUUUUAUUAAUUUCAUUUUCUAUUGCAAAGCAAUCACAUCACUU